AUGUCUAUAUCCGACCCAGAAUACCGAUUUGACUUGAUCGAAGAUACAAUCGCAGCUUUUACGCGGACUUCCGAGAGCAAUCAGUAUAAAACAGUUGACCUGUGGCUCAACGCAGAGAAUGGGGAGUUCGUCAUUGUGCUCGAUGACGAAGACCGAGAGAAUGAAGCCGACCUGAUUAUUGCCGCAGAGUCGAUCACACCUGCGCAGAUGGCAUUCCUGGUCCGCUUCACGAGUGGCUUAAUAUGCGCCCCCAUAGCCCCGGAGAUUGCCAUGCGCCUCGCUCUUCCCCAAAUGGUGACUGAAAAUGCCGACCCAAAGGGAACAGCCUACACAAUCACGAUAGACUCAAGUGCCGACUCUGUCACAACAGGAAUCUCCGCCGAAGAUCGCGCUCUAACAUGCCGUACGCUGGCUUCACCAACCUCCCACGUCGAAUCAUUUACACGGCCAGGACACAUCAUCCCGCUUCAAGCUCAGCCCGGCGGCGUGCGCCAGCGCAGGGGCCACACCGAGGCGGCAGUGGAUUUGUGCCGGCUGGCCGGAAAGGCUCCUGUGGGCGUUAUUGCGGAGCUUGUUGAAGAUGGAGAGAUUGUUGAAGGAAUUCCGGAGGUAGGUGGGAAUAAUGGAAUGAUGCGCCGGGAUGGGUGCUUGAGAUUUGGGAAGAGGUGGGGAAUUAAGACAUGCACAAUUGACAAAUUGGUAAAGUAUUUGGAUGCGACGGAGGGAAGAAUAAAUCGGAGACAUUAG